CAGGUUCAGACACAGGUCUGGCUUACAGUGAGUCCGUUAGCAGACAAGACAUCUCAGAGACUAAUUGAGAUUAAUUGGAGAAAUGCCCCCAAAACUAACCAAAACGAUUGGAUCGGAAUAUUCACGUCCGACCCAAUCGAUAGCACCGGUGCUAUUAGGAAGCUUAUGGUCGAUGAUAGGCUUAAUGGCUAUAAUGUGACUGAUAUACAGUUCCCGUAUCGGAAUUUCGCAACGGGUAAACUCACCCAACAAUGUCUGGGCUAUUAUAUCGCGUAUAUUCACAACGAUAUCGUAUUUGCAAAGAAUUGUAUUAAAAAUAAUCCGUUUUGGAUGGAAAACAAUUUGGCAAUAAUUGGUGACAAAACAUUGCCAUCGCUUAUGAUUCCGGGCACUCAUGAUUCCGGAGCCUAUGAAAAAUGGGGACCAAAAUCUGUUGGCGAUAUCGUCAGAGGAUUCAUGAUAGCACAUGACGAGAGUUUAUACAACCAAAUGGUUUAUGGCAUCAGAUAUCUCGAUAUGAGAGUCGGUUACCAUAACGUGAGCGAAACUGAUGACAAACUAUGGAUAGUUCACGGCUUGUUCCGCACGGAUCACACCCUCCGGUCGGCCGCCGAACAGGUGAGAGAUUUUCUCAAAGCGGCGCCAAAAGAGAUCGUUAUCUUUGAUUUUCAUCGAUUUGUCACCGGUUUUAAUGACGAGAAAAACGCUGACAUUCUUAGAAUGAGAUACAAAGAGUUUUUCGAUGUCGUCGAGAGUGAACUCAAGGAUCUGAUGAUACCUUUCAGCCUAUCAUCGACCACGAGCUUCCUGAUAGCACCGGUGCUAUCGAUUGGGUCGGAUGUGAAUAUUCCGAUCCAAUCGUUUUGGACUGAUAUACAGUUCCCGUAUCGAAAUUUCGCGACGGGUAAACUCACCCAACAAUGUCUGGGCUAUUAUAUCGGAUAUCUCGAUAUGAGAGUCGGUUACCAUAACGUGAGCGAAACUGAUGACAAACUAUGGAUAGUUCACGGCUUGUUCCGCACGGAUCACACCCUCCGGUCGGCCGCCGAACAGGUGAGAGAUUUUCUCAAAGCGGCGCCAAAAGAGAUCGUUAUCUUUGAUUUUCAUCGAUUUGUCACCGGUUUUAAUGACGAGAAAAACGCUGACAUUCUUAGAAUGAGAUACAAAGAGUUUUUCGAUGUCGUCGAGAGUGAACUCAAGGAUCUGAUGAUACCUUUCAGGUAUUGUUACAAACUAUCAAAUUUUUCUAUUUAUAUUAUUUAUUUUUGA